UCUGGGUCCCGGCUGAUGUACACCCUGUAUCAUAUUGUCAGCUCCACUGGCUGCUGCCUCCUGCUCUCCAGGACAGUUGCAGAGUCAGUGAGAGAGAGAGUGCCUUUCUUCAGGUCUUUCUGUGAACAGUUGCAGCCAGGCUCAGACUGUGACAUGUUAAUUGGAUAUUCGGCGGUGUACAGAGUUUGUUUCGGCACGGCCUGCUUCUACCUGCUCCUCUGUGUGUUCCUCUUCAACGUCAAGUCCAGUCGGGAUUUCAGAGCCCUGAUUCACAACGGGUUCUGGUUUGUGAAAUUCCUGAUGUUGGUCGGCAUCUCCACCGCUGCCUUUUUUAUUCCUGAUGAGUCGUUUCUGCACGUUUGGCGAUAUGUUGGUGUGACUGGAGCACUCUUGUUCAUUUUGAUGCAGCUCUCUCUCAUCAGUGUGUUUGCACAUUUCUGGAACAAGAACUGGAUGACAGGAGCUGCACAUGGGAAGUGGUGGAGUAUUGCUGUACUGGCUGUGACCCUGCUGUUCUAUGCUCUGGCAGUGACUGCGUUCUCGCUCAUGUACAAGUUCUACACCCACCCCGCGGGCUGCCUGGUCAACAAGGCCCUGCUCAUCUUGAACAUCAGUCUGUGUUUCCUGGUGUCACUGUUAUCCCGUAGUCAGUGUGUUCAGCAAAGGCAGCCCCACAGCAGUCUGCUGCAGGCAUCCAUCAUCAGCUGCUAUGUCAUGUACCUGACCUUCUCUGCCCUGUCUAGCCGGCCCCCAGAGACAGUGCAAUAUCAGGGUCAGAACAUCAGUGUGUGCUCACCGAGUGUCAGUGAGAAUGGCGUUCAGGCCAAGGGCAGGCUCAUUGCCAUCUUUGGAGCUGCCGUCAUGUACUGCUGCGUGCUGUUUGCUUGCAACGAAGCCUCUUACCUGGCCAAAGUGUUUGGGCCAUCGUGGAUGGUCCGUGUUUACAGAUACGAGUUCAAGAAAGCGUCAUGUUGCUUCUGCUGUCUGGACGAGGAGUUACCGAGCUGCGAGGUGGAGGUGACGGGAGGUCAGGAGGUGAUCCACGAUGAGAGGGACCGAGUCACCUACAGUUACUCCUCCUUCCACUUUGUGUUCUUCCUGGCCUCACUCUAUGUCAUGAUGACCCUGACCAACUGGUUCAACUAUGAGUCUGCAACGCUGGAGACGGUGUUUUCCCAGGGAAGCUGGUCCACAUUCUGGGUGAAGAGUUGUUCCUGUUGGCUCUGUCUGCUGCUGUACCUGCUGAUCCUCCUUGCCCCGCCAUGCUGUGUAGACAGUGAGAGACGGCGUGCGGUCCACGUGAAAUAG